AUGCUCUCCGAUUUGCCAUCGGAGAUCAUCUAUCACAUUGCAAUCUAUUUACCGACCGCAAAUGCAUUGGCAAACCUGUCGCAAACUUGUCACAGGCUGUACAAGAUUAUCUCCGCAGAUGAGUAUCGACUUUUCCGAGCCUUAGUGCAAAGCAAAUUUCCCUGUACCCCCGCACCAGCGUUCUGGAAGGAUGCAGCGCCUGCAAUUGAUUCCUACGAGAUAUGGAAUGGUGCGGCCUGGGCAGAUCGGAAAGAAGUGCUCGCGUGGGGUGCGGCACAUCAACUCGUUGUGCGGGUAAAGCAUUCGGGCAAGAACCCACAAGAGAAUUGGGUUCUUUUCAAUGACCUGGAAGAUGUCAGUAGCUACGAGGAUAUCUGUGGCGUGCAUCUCAUGCGAGCAGAGUCGAGCAAGGAGGGCGAUACAGAAAAUUUGGUAUUUGGCCGCAGGAGGGGCGACAUUAUCCACCUUGCGAUUUCUCCUACUCAAGAACACCAUGAGUAUCGGAAAAGGUUCAAGACAUAUGGCUUGGAACUUGACAGAACAGAUGUCAGUCAAGGCGCACACUCGACACUAUCCGCUCACUUUGACGAUGGAUCGAUUGCAUUCUACAACACCGUCAGUGAUGAAGAGGAGGUCGAAGCAUUCGCCUGGAUCCGCAAUGAGACGGGCAGCCUAGGGCGUAGUCGUUACUCAAAACUGCUAUCCCCUUCGAAAGUCGCAGUGGCGACCGGAGAAAUGGAAAGUUCUCUUUCGAUUUCAACAAUUUCUCCUGAUGGGGUCUCCCUUGAUCGGGUGGUAGAUGUUCAUUCUUUGGACAUAGAGGAGCGCAUCAAUCGCGUCCAUGCUAGUGUUACUUCGAUUGCGCCUCUCGAUACUCUACAAUCUCACAUCGAGUCCCCGGGUAACAUAUUCCUUGCUGCAUGGGGUGAUCGUACUAUACGACUUCACGAUCUUCGUUCCCCGAGAUCUUACGAAAAAACAUAUCGCGAUACAACAGAUGGAAAUAUUGUGUAUUGCGUGCAUCCGAUUGGAAAUGAUCGCUUUUUGGCUGGGUCUAGUGGUGAUGGUUUGGUGAAAAUGUUCGACUUGCGCAUGGGGAGAAGCUACAAUUAUCAAGAAGCGCAAAAGCCACAGGCAUCAAAGAAAAGCAAUAGAGAAGAUCGACCAAGUAUGGAUUUUUCCAUGUUUCUAUCCGCCAAUCUCCCACCAGAUCUCACACGCCAUAUUCCUCGCCCUCACAGGAGGGGCCGUCAAUCCUAUCGUGGCCCCAUCUACAGCAUGUCCACUCCAUCUCCAUCCUCGCCAACUGUGUAUACUGGCGUUGUGGACGGUAUCAUCCGCCUUGAUUUUGCCUCUACAGACGACUUGACUGGCCCAGUGAAGGAAUGGUACGACUAUAACCUCGGUCUAGGCGUGGAAAAAGGACAGCCUGGUGUUGCGGCCGCCGAAGAUCAAGUGUUUAAAAUUGCGGGCUAUGAACGCCCGGCUCAGGAUGAUUACACUACCACUUCUAAGCUGCGUACGCAGCAUGGAUACUGGUAUAUGAUGCCCAAUGACCUGGAGAAUGAGGUGGUGACUGGCUGGGAUAGGCGAUGGGAGCCGCUCGCGAAACCUGGUGCAUGGAGAAGGCGGGAUUAA